AUGCAGCCGCCGCUCCAGGUCGGCACUGCGGGCGUCGCAGCCGGCCCUGGCACGGAUGCCGGCUUCGCAGCAGACGAGCCGCCGGCGCCCGACGUGCCGCCGGACGAUAGGCGCUUCUCCACUACUACGCACGCCCAACAGGCAUCGGGCGACAGCGCCGCACCGCUGCCUGCUCUCGAUCUGCAGGCCACCGCCGCCGCUAUCCUCGCCUCGCGCGCCGUCUUCUCCGACGACGCGCCCGCCGCGGCGCCGCUGGAGCGCGCAUACAGCAGCACGGGCAGCGCCGGCACGGAGCGCACGGCCGACGGCACAGACGAUGCUGCGGCAGCGGCGCCGGCGAGUGGGGAGGGCGCACUGCGCAUCGAGAAGCUGCAUCAGCAGGAGCGGCACAUGUGGGACGCCGAGGAGACGCAGGCCCUCGUCGACGGCUGCAACAAGCACGGCAUCGGCAACUGGAAGGCCAUCCUCUCUGACCCAGAGCUCUCGGAGCGCUUCUCGGGCCGCACGCCUGGCGACCUCAAGGACCGCUUCCGCACGUACUUUCCAGACGCGUACCACGAGCUGGUGAGUGGAGCGGCUGCGGCAGCUUGA